GGAUGGCCGCUGCUGUCGGUGUAAAUAAACAGGCGUCGAUGGAGCCGUGUGCGAGACACGGCCGCGGAAACACUUCAAAUGCGGUGAAGGUGUUGGAGUGUGGUGUGUGCGAGGAUGUGUUUUCUCUACAGGGGGACAAGGUCCCACGGCUGCUGCUGUGCGGACACACAGUGUGUCACGACUGCUUGACCCGUCUGCCUCUCCACGGCAGGGCAGUCCGCUGCCCCUUCGACAGACAGGUCACCGAGCUGGGAGACUCGGGUGUGUGGGGCCUAAAGAAGAACUUUGCCCUGCUAGAAUUGCUUGAACGGCUACAGAAUGGGGCAUCUCAUCAGUCAGGCAUGUCAGAGGAUUCACUUCGGGAGAUGGGCGAGUGCGUAAUCCGCUGUGAUGAGGAUGAGACUCACACUGCUUCCAUGUACUGCACAGUGUGUGCCACGCACCUGUGUGCCGAGUGCUGCCAGCUCACACACUCCACCCGGACGCUGGCCAAGCACCGGCGCGUGCCCCUGGCAGACAAGCCCCAUGAGAAGAUGCUCUGCCCGCAGCAUCAGGUGCACGCCAUCGAGUUUGUGUGCCUGGAAGACGGCUGCCUGCCCGGGCCGCUCAUGUGCUGCGUGUGCAAGGAGUACGGAAAGCACCAAGGGCAUAAGCAUGCUGUACUAGAGGGUGAAGCCAACCAGAUUCGAGGGUCCAUUCUAGACAUGGCACACUGCAUCCGUACGUUCACAGAGGAAGUAUCGGAGUACUCCAGGAAACUAGUGGGCAUCGUGCAGCAGAUUGAAGGAGGAGAGCAGAUCGUGGAGGACAGCAUGGGCAUGGCUCACACUGAACAUGUUCCAGGAACAGCGGAGAGCGCCCGGUCUUGCGUACGUGCCUACUUUGCCGAUCUACACGAGACCCUGUGUCGUCAAGAGGAGAUGGCUCUGAGCGUGGUGGACGCGCACGUGCGAGAGAGGCUGAUCUGGCUUCGACAGCAGCAGGAGGACAUGACCAUACUGCUGUCACAGGUGUCCACUGCCUGUCUGCACUGCGAGAAAACACUACAGCAGGAUGAUUGCAGGGUGGUUUUGUCGAAACAGGAGAUCAACCGACUGCUAGAGACGCUGCAGAAACAGCAGCAGCAGUUUACAGAGCUGGCCGACCACAUUCAGCUGGAUGCAGGCAUCCCUGUUACUUUCACUAAGGACAACCGUGUGCACAUUGGUCCAAAGAUGGAGAUCCGGGUUGUGACUUUGGGCUUAGAUGGAGCUGGCAAAACUACCAUUCUCUUCAAACUGAAGCAAGAUGAGUUUAUGCAGCCCAUACCGACCAUAGGUUUUAAUGUUGAAACGGUUGAAUACAAAAACCUGAAAUUCACCAUUUGGGAUGUGGGUGGCAAGCAUAAACUCCGCCCACUCUGGAAACACUAUUAUCUGAACACACAAGCGGUGGUGUUUGUGAUUGACAGCUGUCACCGAGACCGGCUGAUGGAGUCUCACAGUGAACUGGCCAAACUGCUGACAGAGAAAGAGCUCAGAGAUGCUCUGCUGCUCAUCUUCGCCAACAAACAGGACGUCCCCGGCGCGGUGUCCGUGGAGGAGAUGACUGAGCUCCUGAGCUUACACAAAUUGUGCUGCGGGCGCAGCUGGCACAUUCAGGGCUGUGACGCCCGCAGUGGCAUGGGGCUUCACGAGGGCCUGGACUGGCUCUCGCGCCAGCUGGUGGCCGCAGGAGUUUUGGAUGUGGCCUGAGGGACGCUCACCCACUCUCAAUAGACUUGUGACUCACAACUCAAGCCUGUCUGUGUCAUUUGCACAGUCAACCUUCUCAUGUUUACCCAUGUCAUACCAUCAUACAUCAGUAGACUUGCUGCUGUGCGCGCUUGUGGUUCAAAGGUGUUCAUAAAUGGAGCUCAUAUAAGACUCCAGGGUAAAUACAAGGCAACGUCCUGCAGGUUAUCACCAAACAUAUUUUCAGUUCAUCACUCAUCUUUCUAAAUAAAAACAAACGUAUUAUGGAAGCCUAUGGGCAAGUGUGCUUCAUAGACUUCCAUUGGAAAUGCUUUACUGUAUAAAAAAAAAGAAAAGAUUUGUUUAUUAUAACAAAGUGAGUUGAAAUUGUGUUGUUAACAAAAAUAUAUUUGCAGAUGGGGUCCAAAAAGUUGAUUAACAUGAACUAUUCCUUUGAAAAGAAGUUAACGAACAUGACUAACUAAACUUACUGUACCUUCUGUUAAAACAGAGAAAUGCAACAUCUGGUAUAUGAUCCUUGUCUUUUCAAGGUCAGUUUGCUCAUUCGCCUAAUAGUAACUAAUGCCUGGAGAUAUUUCUAGAUGUGCUUAAGCUAAAUAUUCUGGUCAAUUUUGUACAGACACCCAUUUAAAGUCCCUGUAGUAGUUUAUAUAUAGAUCUAUUAAAUGUUUUCAUAGGUAAAGCCCCUUAGGUAAGGAUGAAAUGAGGCUCCAUCACUAGAUUCAUGGUUACUGCAAUGUGAAGUGCCUGUUGUGUCAGAUUAACCAGUUACUGAAAUCAUCAGAAAGGUCAUGUGAUCAAAUCCAUUGCCAUUGAUAAAGUAAUUUGAGGGUGAAUUUCACAAAACACGUCAACAACAUGUAUAGGCCAUGCUUCCCUUUAAUUUAUACAAUUAUUUUUUUCAUUAAACUUGUUCUAGGAACAUUAAAUUCUUGCAUUAUUCAUUGUUCAUUACAAUCAAGCACAUCCUACCCUUAUAUUCUCAUUACUGUAAUAUAAUGUGAAAUUGUUUUAGACAAUUACGUAUUUAGACAUGGUAGUAUUGCCUUUAUGGAUAUUUAUUCAAAUAAAUAUUAAAAUCAUCACUGGGAUUUAAAAAAACAUCUGUAAGGAAUAUAAUGCGCUUAACUGUUAUGAAAAAAAUUUCAGACCCUUACAAUGUGACCCACACAUGUUAUUUUGCUGUUGUUGCGAGAUUCACCUAGACAUACCAUUAUUCUUAACAUCUCCAGCUGUUUUUAUUUUUUUUUUUUUUCAGUUUUUUUGUGGCUUUGUGAAUGAGCCUGUAAAUAUUUAUUGAAAUGUCCUUUGUGGUCUUAUGACUGAUGCAUGGGUGUAGGUGUAUUUUCACCAUGUAUGAAGAGAUGGAAGUGUUUGUGGCAAAAAACAAUGUUACUGAUUAUUUAUAUUUGAAAGAAUUGUAGUUGUCAUGAAAAAAAAAAAAGUAUAAACCUGUUUCCAGUUCAUCAGUCCAUUGCUUAUUAAUAUCUGGCUAUAUCUUGAUUUGUUGGAACAAGCAUUUCUUAGCAUCUUAAAAGGCAAAAACAUUACAUUCAUUGAUAUACUUAAUGCAUCACGCAACUGUGGCCGCAUGUAAACGCUCCAUUACUCGACAUUAUCCGCAUUAGUCCGGUUUAGGAACCAUUCUUUGUUUUGAAACAUUGAUCCUCAUUGCCAUGUAAUGUUGAAUAACUGUACUUAGAUAAAGCAUGUGUGAAGACUAUCUCUGUCCCCUAUUGCAGGAUGAUCUGAAGUUAUCGUGAAUGUGAGUUUUGGACGCCUCUCGAGAAGCACACUGCUAACCCACAUUUGUUGUUGAUACGACCACGGCUUUUUGUAUAACCAUUCAUAAUGUUACGCUAUUAAAAACUAAGCUGAAUGAUG